UGCCGGCGGUGGCAUCGCGAUCGCCUCGUUGUUGUGCCGCUGCUCUGGCGUAGAACACCAAACAUUUUUUCAACGAUCUCUCGGACGAUGGCGCGAUUAAUGAUCAGUGAUGAGGCAACUUUUCAUCUUCUUUCGCUCGUUGAGCAGUACCCGUGUCUUUGGGAUACCGGCAGCGCUGAUUACAGCAAGACAAACCUCAAGACAUCAGUAUGGGAACAUAUCGGUAUGGAAAUGAUGGAGCGUUUUCCCCAGUUCGGGCCGUACAGUGCAGAUAGCCUCAAGCUACUGCUGAAGAACAAGCGGCGAACCUUCAGGGAGGAGAAAAAAAAGAUCCUCCAAACAAAAAGCGGCCAACCAUCAGACGACGUUUAUAUUGGGAAGUGGAAGUUCUAUAGGGCAAUGCUCUUCCUGGAUGCCAGCGAUGUAAAUCCAGGGAAGCGUACAUGCAGCGACAACUAUGGAGAAACCAUAGAAGAGGUGAGUGGAGCUUUAUUUCUUAGACAUCCCUGCAUUCAUUCAUUGGGAUAGUAACGCAUAAACGAGGGAAAUGUAAACAUGUACAUUUUAAAGGCAAGUUAAUAUAUGACAACAAACAAAAGCAAAAUAAUAAAGAUAAUGAGAUGUAGUUGAACAUGUUUUUGAAGAACAGUGUGUUGUUACACGCUUUCCUUUAUUCGAACGAACCACUGUUUCUACUGAUUGCAGUCGUAUAAUUACAGGACUGCGAGGGUUCUGCAGGAGGCAGCGACGUUUCAACCCCCAGCACUUCGGUCGAGCCAUGUUCUCCACCCUCCCAAGGGGACGCAAGUGCCGUCCG